AUGCUUCUAUCGGCUCCCUUCGUCCUUGCGGCAAUGGCCUUGACCACCAGUUUCGUCUCGGGCACCAGUACGGGACAGACCCAGCUGGUCACCUACCUCAAAAAGGGCGCGAACCUGACCCGGGCCGAGUUCUGGGACUACUGGCAGACCCAGCACGCACCCAAAGUGGCUCCUCUCGCUGUACAUCUCGGUAUAACCCGUUACCAGCAGGUCUGUUACUCGUUGCGAGAUGACGUCCAGGACCAAGCUAACUGGAAGCAGAUCCAAGUCAGCGGCCAAGUGCUCCCAACACUGUCUGCGUUCGGCGCAGGGAUGGUUGCGACGUUCAGGGGAACCCAGAUCGAAGUGGCCGACGACAAUGAGUAUGUGUGGACCGGCGACCGGGCGACUCGACAGUUGUACAUGGAUCUCUUCGCGACAUACUUGUAA